AUGAACAUUUGCCCUAUCAGAUAUACACCAUAUUUGAAUAAUUCUAGAAGAAGACAAAGGGUGAUUGACCCUAAUAGAGCUAAGAGUUCUCAAGGAAUGAGAUUAAAUUCUUCUAGUCAAUAAAGAUGCUCCACAUAAUAAAGUCCUAACAGAACACCUAGUUAAGGUGAAUUGCAGCAAUUAGAAGUAUGAUGAGAUUUGUUUUGAAUGAUAGUUUUAACAACAGGCUGGGCCAAUUGCAUAGGUAUUAGUUAAUUUGAGUGUGUCUAGAAUUACUAAUAAUUGUUUUUGUCUACUUAGAUUAGAAGAAGUCCUUCAUUUAGAUUGAAGAAUUAUCAUGCAGCAGAAAUAACAUCUAGUGCACAAUCAACUUCUUAAUAGAAAAGAUAGAAUUUGAUUGUAAAUGGAAAGUAAUGAAUUAAAUAAAAUUGAUAGUAAAAGCAAAGAAGAGAGAUUAAAUAGAAUAAAUUUCUUAGGUGACUUAUUACAAUAAAUGGAGUAAAAUGGAUAAUAAACAAAGCAAUCCUUAUCUACAGAAAUGACUACAGUUCCCAAACCGAAAUUUGAAAUUCUGAAUACAAGAACAUUAACAGAAUAUGAAUAAAAUAUAGAAGAAUUGCAUUUCUAUCUUGUUGACUCUUAAUAAAGAACAAAAUAAUAUGCCUAAGUUAUAGAAAAGCAAAAAAUAAAUAAUUGA